AUGUCUGAGAAAAUUGCUUUGAAAACUGAGGAAGAAACGGCUAAGGAUACCACUAAAGAUGUGGGGUCUGAGAAGCCAGUUACUCAGGUUAGCGAUGUGAUAGUACCAGAAGUAGCUGGUGCCAAGCUUGAAAAGGAAUCGGAAGUUAAGAAUGAUGAGGAAAAGCCUCCAUCUUUGCCAAAUAGGAAAGAUGCUAAGGGAGUCGAGCAGAAAACCCCUGCAGAGAAUCCGAUCUUUAAGCAACUGAAGGAAGCUUUCCCCAAUUUGGAGGAUAAGUCCAUCAAAGCGGUUAUAAUAGCCUCUCAAGGUGCUGUGGACCCUGCUUUCAACGCUUUGUUGUAUUUGUCGGACCCCGAGUCUGGUAGGGACAUUGAACUGCCCAGUGAGCCAGUUACUACUCAGGCUCCAGAGUUGCCUGCAAGAAGGAGACAAUCUCAAUUGGAACAAGAUGAGAUGUUAGCACGUCAAUUGGAUCAACAGUACAAUAAGACUCGCCAACGGCCACGCCAUCAGAGACCUGUCGAUGGAGAACGUGAAGCCUACAGGCAGAGAUUAAGAGAUCGCCAAAGAAGGGGUCAACAGCCUUUGACCCCUGAAGAGCAAAGAGAGUUAGAAGGUGAUGACGAUUCAUGGGCCCAGUUUAUGGAAAAGGAUUUGCCUGAGCUACGGGACAGGGCAAAUAAAUCCAUUCAGGAAACGGCUACCAAGCUUAACGGCUGGUUCAGCGGAAUUCGCAAGAACUUGGUAGGUGAAGAAGCAGACUCCGCUUAUCAGGGUGAACAGCAACGCGGUGGGUGGUAUGAUGAUCCUUACUCUCGGGAACAGGAUCAACAUUACGCCGAGAAGGAGUUACCUAAGAAACCCGAAAGAAGAAGAUUUAACUCUUUUGGUGCUCAAAUUGGAGACGAUUCUCUGGAGAAUCAUGGUAUCACUUUGCAAAACAAUGACUUGAACGAUGAUUUGGAUGAAGAAGAUGAUAUCCCACCUCAACUAGGCACCAAGACGUCGAAUAAGGAUGACAGAAGCGCUACGGAGGAAAAAGUGGUAGCCCAAACCACUUAUAUAGACACUCCCGAUAACGCUAACAGGAAGAAAUGGCAACCAGUGCCACCUGAACCAGUAGCCACCACGCCAACGAAGACUUCCGGCAAGCCAGUGCACGGUAAGAACGCUGAUGAGGAUGACUUCUUGAUCAAUAGCGAGGAUGAAAUGUAG